AUGUCCGCCAUGCCAGAUGUUGGUGCCGCUUCGGCUGCACAGGCUUCUGCCAGUGGGAGCCUCAGCGUCUCUAUGUCGAGCAAAACGCUUAGUUCAAGCCAACAGCUCGUUCCACGAGUGCUUUCAGGGGAGUCAGGCCACUCAGAUAGCUCUCAGGAGGAGCCAACCUCCGGGCCUCUUUCGCGUAAAUCCAUGGUUCGCUCACCCAGUACUCCUGGAAGACUGGGUACACCAACAAGCAUCCGUAGAACAGCCAGCAGAAAGUCCAAUCACAGAGUUCUACAUUCCGCAAAGUCAGGAAUUACUCAAUUCUUCAACGAAUCAGAGAGUGCAUUUACCACUGGUAUUAGCUUUGACAUCGCAGCCGUCAAGGGGACAGAGGCAGCAGACUUUCUAGACCCCUCUGUUGCAAUACCUGAGCUGUAUGGGAUAGACGCCAACUAUCUGCCCAAGAUCAUGAACAACGAGACCGCGCAGCUCACUUCCUAUGCCUAUGAAGACCACAUGUCGGCAGAAAUCAUAGACGAUGUCUGUGGAAUACAUCUCUACAAGCAGGCAUGUUUUCAAAGAGACGUGCACCCGUCUGCGAUAGUCAUUGCAGCCAUAAGGCGCAACCCAGUCCACGUUGACCUCACAAACAUCUACCUAGGCCCGCUUGGCGCUCAAUGCUUCGCUGCAGCAAUACACGGUCAGCUUUCAAAGUCUAUAGAAACACUGUCACUCAAGAACUGUAAGAUAGGCCCGAGCGGGCUAUGCUCUAUCGUGCAGGGUCUCUUGAACCUUCCUGAUGAGUGCAUUAUUGACAUGCAUUAUGUUCUUCCGGAAAACGAGGAAGCAGACCAUCGCCACAGCUUGACCGUGCUUAACCUGGAGGGCAACGGGUUAGCCACUCCAGCCGAGCUAUUGGCAGAUGGAACUGGGCUGCCACCUCUAGUUACAUCUGAUCAGCUCGCUUAUUCCAGUUCUGAAUAUAAUAGGAUAAAGGAGCUUCAGCGUAAGGAAGAGGGACGUGGCCGCGAAAAGCUGGACCUGAGCGCGAAGGUUAUGACAGAGCAAGAAAGAAAGGCCAAAGAAGCCGCUCUUCAAAAGGAAAAGAACGCAAAGAAGAAUGAAGUGAUAGAUCCGUAUUUAGAGAUGAUUCGAGCCACUGCUCUUUACAACUUUGGAUCUAGCGAGCCUAGACCCUUUGCUCCCCCCAAGAAACUUACUGAAGAAGAGCUCAAGAAGAUGAAGGCUGCUGGACGUGAUGUGACAGAGGUUCCUCCAGACCCAACAUUCCUCGACAAAGUUCAGUUUCAUCGCAAGCUCUCCAGUCUGCAUAUUGUACCAGCCUCACAGCUGAUCAACGUUAUUAAGCACAUGCUCAAUGGGCUCAGUUUGCUGACUCAUUUGGACUUGUCCUCCAAUGAGUUAGACGAUUCGUUCCUGCAAAGUGCUUCUAAAUAUCUAUGCGCUCACGGUUCCUUGUCAGAACUUAACAUUGCUAACAACCGCAUCACAGCGAAUGGGCUUCAAGCGCUCAUUACAGAGUUACCCAAUUCUAUUAAUCUGGAGAAGAUUGACAUGUCGCUCAAUCAAUUUGGUAGCAUCGGAGCAUGUGUUUUGGCAUAUGGCCUUUGUAAGGUCAUGGCGCGGACGUCCCUUCGUCUCAGUAGCCUAUGCUUAAAUUGCAACAAGAUUGGCGAUGAGGCUGGUGCGUUUGUCUUGGGCUGCUUCAUGGGAGGCUGCGUUCUUCCAGAGAUAACAAAGUAUGGAACUGAUGUUGCAAGGGAUUUCAUGGGAACCCUACCUGCCCCCAUCUCCCCGAUAUGGAGGGCAGGACCCAUCAAGCAUGUCUCAGGAAUAAGCUCUCUUGAGCUAGCAGAUUGUGGGCUUGGUCUCUUCUCCUGCCUCCAGCUAUGUAAGAUUCUCACCUCUAGUAGUAUUAGGAUUAAGAGCCUGGACAUAUCUAAGAACAACCUAAAUGAUGGAAUGGGCUUCUACUCUAUUAUUAAAGCGCUCACCCAGCGAAGGAAGUCGUGCCCUGGCGAGGACUGUCAUAUUGACAAAUUUUCAAUAAGCAAUAAGGUGGUUCUGAUGGACGAGGUGCGUAGAUUUAGCGAUGUUGAAAAGGAAGAUGAGGUGGUUGAAUUUAGUCAACUCGCCGAGGAAAUUGCGUCAAUGAAUGGGGGCUACAUAAAGGAGUUGACCAUUUUGCCCUACUAA